AUCGUCCUUGGCUUGACCGGAGCUCUUCCGUCUACUGUUUGUAAUAAAUUAUCGUUUUCUUUAAUGUUUUUGCUUGCUUCCAUUGCCUUCCUUUUUCUCCAGUUGAGGACUAUUUCUGCCGGUAUUUGCGAUGCUGGAAUGUCUUCUGGCUCGGGGAAUAGGUUGUGGCUUUCUGUAAUUCUACUGGCUUUUUAGGUGGUGGAGGAGACAUUUUAUCCUCAUAAAGCUUUAUAACCUGAAGAUUUCACAGAGUUGAGUUGUGACAAAUGGGUGGAAAAGGAUCCAAGAAUCACAGCUCGCGUCGCUAUUCUUAUGAUUAUGGGUACAUGCCUUCAGGAUACAGUUCGAGGCAUUCUUCCUACAGUCAGGCCCAUGUGAAUCCUGCGGUGGACAGGUUACAAAGAAAAUAUUCAAGGAUUGGUGAUGACUACCGCACACUAAGUCAGGUAACUGAUGCUCUUGCAGAAGCAGGUCUUGAAUCCUCUAAUCUGAUUGUGGGAAUCGACUUCACAAAGAGCAACGAGUGGACAGGUAAAAUUUCUUUCAAUCGCCGGUGUUUGCAUGAUCUGGGAAAUACUGCAAACCCAUAUGAGCAGGCAAUAUCUAUCAUCGGAAGGACCCUUUCUGCUUUUGAUGAGGAUAACCUCAUUCCUUGCUUUGGAUUUGGUGAUGCCUCCACCCAUGAUCAAGAGGUAUUCAGUUUCUAUCCAGAUAACCGACCAUGUGAUGGCUUUGAAGAAGCACUACAGCGGUACAGAGAACUAGUUCCACAAGUCCGGCUAGCUGGGCCAACAUCCUUUGCACCAAUAAUUGAAACAGCCAUAAGCAUUGUAGAUAACACUGGCGGUCAGUAUCAUGUUCUUCUUAUAAUUGCUGAUGGACAGGUGACACGAAGUGUAGAGACACAGUAUGGCCAGUUAAGUUCACAAGAGCGAGAUACCAUGAAUGCCAUAGUCAAAGCUAGUGAUCAUCCCUUAUCAAUUGUUCUUGUUGGGGUUGGUGAUGGACCCUGGGACAUGAUGCAUGAGUUUGACGACAAUAUACCUUCCCGGGCAUUUGAUAAUUUCCAGUUUGUGAAUUUUACAGAGAUCAUGUCUCGAAAUAUCCCUACUAGCAGAAAGGAGACAGAGUUUGCACUUGCAGCAUUGAUGGAAAUUCCUUCGCAGUAUAAAGCAACUAUAGAUCUCCAACUUUUGGGCCGACGAAGAGGACUGCCACAAAGGGUUUGUCUGCCUCCACCAGCCAUGUACCGUGGUUCAAGAUCAAGUGGCCUUGAGCAAGGUCUUGGAGGCCAUAGAAGUGCUACCACUGUCUCAUCUGAAAGUUCUCAAGAAGAUAAGCUGAUGUGUCCUAUUUGCUUUUGGCAAUCCAAAGAUCUUGCAUUUGGAUGUGGACAUCAGACUUGCUAUGACUGUGGGAGAGAUUUGCAAAGUUGCCCUAUUUGUCAAAGCCAAAUCACAACUAGGAUAAGGCUCUAUUGAUGCUCAGAAGCUAUCACAGGCGCUAAAGCCGUGUGGUCCUUAAACGAAAGCCAGGCUUUUGAAUCACUUCGCCUUGAACACUUUGGUUGAUCCGUGCUUCCACCUCUAUAAUGUUCAGCACAUAGUUGAUCUGUAAAUAUUGUAAACAGAGUUCCAAUGAUAAUGCUUCCUGUGUUGGUACUCAGGGUACAAAGCUCGGUUGUAGUCCUUGUGAUGAAAGUGAUUAUCAUACCUUAUACUCUGUGCAUCAAAUUUGGAAUCCUUAUUUGUUCUUUUAAUUUUUGAGGCUCCAAUGGUUGUAUGAGAUUUCAUUGUUCUAUAUUUGAUAUUGGCUGACAUUGUCAAA